UCAGUAAUCCUGGAUGCGCAUGCUCCGUGGUUGUUGUAGCAACCGACUUAAGCGUUAUAACUACGACAACAUGAACGCGGUUAACUGUAUUUAAAGACAGAAAAAACUGAAAUGUAGUUGAAGUUUGCGACAUGUAAAAUAAAAGCAGCUUCUCGUAAUUUAUCCCGCUAACUGUUAGCAUCGAAAAAUGUUGUUUCUAUGCGCAUUUAAGCGAAAAUUAGCUGAAUUAUCGUACUCAAGCUAUCGGCUAAGUUAGCAUCACACGCUAACUGAACACUACGAGAACUACAAGGCGCAUUUAUUCCCCACUAAACGACUAAAUAUCGGUAUUUUUUACUGGUUAAAGUGGUUCUACUGGUGUUACCGGAGAUACCGGAGUCCAGCUGCAGGAUGUCCGCCGUCAACAGCCUCGUCCCGGCUCGGUUCCUCACCAUCACCGCUCACCUGGUCAUCGUCAUAACCAUCUUCUGGUCCAGGGAAAAUAACGUAAAGGCUUGUUUGCCUUUAGAUUACACACAGGAGCAGUACGACAACGAAGACAAAAAGUUGGUGGUGGCGUUGGCCGUCACUCUCGGUCUGUUUGCUGUGGAACUGGCUGGUUUCUUCUCAGGAGCGUCCAUGUUCAACUGCAGCCAAGGCCUCCUGUCAACAGGAGUCCAUGCCAGUGCCUCAGUGGCUCUGCUUUUCUUUCUGUUUGAGCAGUGGGAGUGUGACAUCUACUGGUGGAUCUUUGCCCUCUGCAGUGUGCUGCCGGCUUUUGUGGAGGUCCUUCUGUUUAUAGCAGUUUUUGGAGUGAAGAAGAAACCAUAUUGAACAACAGUCCGAGUGUAAAGUUCUACAAUUUAGUGUGGAUGUGGAAUUAUGUGGCUGUAAUAGCAGAUUUUUUAUAUUGAGGCACAAAUGAUGGCCUGAAAAACACACAAAUGUGGAUACACGGCAGUAUCAAAGUGGCUGUCCAUCAUGUUUUUUUUAUAUUUUUGUAUAUUUUGAAUGGAAUAGAUGCAGAAAAAGCAUUUAUUUUGAACAUUGUAGUUUGAAAAGGACAUCUUUCAACAAUUGUAACUUUAUCAGGACAGGUCGGUAUAUCUUAGAAUCCAACUGUUUUAACAUGAUUCCCAACAAACUGUACAAACAAACUGAGCUCGUAAGAAAAUAAAACCGAUAAAGCAAUAGAGUGAGACAGCAACCUCACUUAUUACUUUCUUUUUCUGUGCAUUUAAAGCUUUAAAUUGUAUUCUAGAAAAUGCUUUGCUGCAGGAGAAGUUAUGUCUUGUCUUCUAAAGUUGCUUUUGUGCUCUGAAAUCUCGAUUUUUUUUUUUAAAAUCUUCUCUUUCAAGUAAAUGAUUCUAUGUAUUUUACAGUAUUACAGGCGUGGCGUGUCUUGUA